GACAAUGUCAGCAGGAUCAUCGGAGCGGAGAGAGAAAAUUGGAAAGGAAGGGAAGAGAGAAGCAGCAUCGCAAUGCGGCAGUAGAAUCCUGCCGUUUGGGUUCUUGGGUUCUAGAGCGGAGUGAUAGGGUUUGGACAGUCUUGAGUCGGAAGACGAAGUCAGGGAUUGGCAAUGCGGGAGAUAGUUACCCUGCAGAUUGGCGGAGCCGGGAAUUCUAUAGGCGAUGCGUUCUGGCACGUGAUUUCUCAUGAGCAUGGCGUGGACUACGGCUCCGGACGUUUCGGGGGCACAAGCCCGCUCCAGUUAGAGCGGAUCAACGUAUUUUUUAACGCCACCGCGAGCAAGAGGUUCUACGCCCGGACCAUCAUCAUUGACACGGAGGCUAGCACCAUUCAGCGGUUGAGCUCGAGCAGCCAGUUGUACAGACCGGAAAACUUUGUGGCCGGAUCGGAAAGCGCGGGCAACAACUUCGCUAGGGGCUACCACACCGACGGGGCCGAGAUUCUGGAGCAGGUACUUGAUAGCACGCGUCGGGAAGUGGAGUCCGUAGAUUCCCUGCAGGGCUUUCAGCUGCUCCACUCGAUCGGAGGCGGCACGGGCUCCGGUCUGACCUCUUUGAUCAUGGAGGCGUUGGUGGAGCAGUAUCCGGACAAUCUGCUCUGCAAUUACGUGACCAUACCAUCGCCAAACAUGUCCCAGGUGGUCGUCGAACCGUACAACGCGCUCCUUAGCACUCCCGCACUAGUGAACAACUCGCAUCUUACCUUCUGUUUGGACAAUGAGGCACUUUUUCAGAUAUGCAAUCGGAACCUAAAGAUAAAGAUGUCUGGCUACGAGCACAUCAACCACAUAGUGGCUUUGACUAUGUCUGGGAUUACCACCUGCCUGCGAUUUCCUGGCCAGCUGAACGCCGGACUUCGCAAGAUUUAUGUGAAUAUGGUGCCGUUUCCUCGACUGCACUUCCUCAUACCGGGGUUCGCCCCGCUGGUCACCUGCAAGCAACAGCAGUUUAGCAAGGGAACGGUUUCUGAGCUGGUUCAGCAGAUCUUCUCCAGCAACAACCUCCUCUGCGCCAUUGAUCUGCGCAAGGGAAAGCUCCUGACGGCAGCCGGUAUAUUCCGUGGUCGGAUGUCUCCUCGGGAGGUCGACCAGCUCAUGACCGGAGUUCGGAACAAGAACAUUAACAACUUCGUCGACUGGAUACCGAAUAACAUCAAGACGGCGAUUUGUGACAUUCCGCCCAGGGGCCUCAAGAUGUCGGCCACGUUCAUUGGCAACACGACGGCCAUUCAGUCGCUGUUUCAGCGGCUUCUCGAUGGCUCAACGGCGAUGCUGCGGCGGAAGGCCCAUCUGCACUGGUACACCGGCGAGGGCAUGGAGGAGCAGGAGUUUAUGGACGCACAGCAGGAGCUGCAGGCAAUCAUCGACGACUACCGGAGCAGUGCCGAGGGGGAGGACUCUGGCGGGGGAGGUGGCGGUGGUGGGGGAAGCGGCAGCCAGGACGGCGAGAGCGGCGACGAGGUUCCCGCCGGGCCCAGGUGUACUUACUGCCCUGAGUAAUACCUCCUGCAUCCCAAAUGCCUGGCGGCUGUUUCCCCUUUCCACCAAGCCGAAGAUUCAGGGUAGGGGCUUUCCUUGCAUCCUAGCUAUUUCUUUCGAGCGUUUCACGAGCAUUUUAUACCUUUGCAGGGCAUGUUAAUUUUGUCCAUAUAACUUCCGACCCUAUAACCACCUUCAUCAAAAAGUUCUCGGAAUUUAUUCGGAAAAUUAAAAAUACAAGUUUAUA